AUGGCUCCGUGGCCUCACGGGAACAGCUCUCUGGCCUCGUGGCCGGCUGCCCCCACCCCGACGCCCAGUACUGCCAACACGAGUGGGCUGCCAGGGGUGCCGUGGGCGGUGGCCUUGGCGGGGGCGCUGUUGGCGCUGGAGGUGCUGGUCACCGUGGGAGGCAACCUUCUGGUAAUCGUGGCCAUCGCUCGGACACCGAGACUCCAGACCAUGACCAACGUGUUCGUGACUUCGCUGGCCACAGCAGACCUGGUGGUGGGACUGCUGGUAGUGCCGCCGGGGGCCACCUUGGCGCUGACUGGCCACUGGCCGCUGGGAGCCACUGGUUGCGAGCUGUGGACCUCAGUGGACGUGCUGUGUGUGACAGCCAGCAUCGAAACCCUGUGCGCCCUGGCCGUGGACCGCUACCUGGCAGUGACCAACCCGCUGCGCUACGGCGCGCUGGUCACCAAACGGCGCGCCCGGGCGGCAGUGGUGCUGGUGUGGGUCGUGUCCGCCGCGGUGUCGUUUGCGCCCAUCAUGAGCAAAUGGUGGCGCGUGGGAGCCGACGCCGAGGCGCAGCGCUGCCACUCCAAUCCGCACUGCUGCGCCUUCACCGCCAACGUAGCCUACGCGCUGCUCUCCUCCUCCGUCUCCUUCUACCUCCCGCUUCUGGUGAUGUUCUUCGUCUACGCGCGCGUUUUCCUCGUGGCCACGCGCCAACUGCGCCUGCUGCGCCGGGAGCUGGGCCGCUUCCCGCGGGAGGAGUCCCCGCCGACUGCGUCUCGCUCUCUGUCCCCCGCCCCGGCCGGGCCGUGCGCUUCGCCCGCAGGGGUGCCCUCUUACGGUCGGCGGCCCGAGCGCCUUCUGCCUCUCCGGGAACACCGGGCCCUGCGCACCUUGGGUCUCAUCAUGGGUACCUUCACUCUCUGCUGGUUGCCGUUCUUUGUGGCCAACGUGAUGCGCGCUCUCGGCCGCCCCUCUCUGGUUCCCAGCCCGGCUUUCCUGGCCCUUAACUGGCUAGGCUAUGCCAACUCCGCCUUCAACCCGCUCAUCUACUGCCGCAGCUCCGACUUUCGCAGCGCCUUCCGCCGCCUCCUGUGCCGCUGCGGGCGGGAGGAGCACCGCGCCGCCGCCUCCCGGCCUGGCGACCCCUCGGGCGCCCCCGCGGCCCUGACGGGCCCCGCGGAGUCCAGGCAGCGCCCACCGCUCGACGGGUAG